UUUUUAUUCUGGAAACAUUCCAGCUGAUAAAUCAAUGGAUGGAACAAAUUACUCUAUGGUGUCAGAAUUUUUGUUUGUGGGACUCACCAGUUCCUGGAAAAUCCAACUUCUCCUCUGUGUGUUCUCAUCCACUUUUUAUGUGGCAAGCGUGAUGGGAAACUCCCUCGUUAUGCUCACUGUGACUUCAGACCCUCACCUACACUCCUCCAUGUACUUUCUCUUGGCCAACCUCUCCUUCAUUGACCUGGGAGUUUCUUCUGUCAUCACUCUGAAGAUGAUUUAUGACCUUUUCAGAAAACAUAAAAUCAUCUCCUUUGGUGGUUGCAUCACUGAAAUAUUCUUUCUGCACAUCAUUGGUGGUGUGGAGAUGGUGCUGCUCAUCGCCAUGGCCUUUGACAGAUAUGUUGCCAUAUGUAAGCCUCUUCACUAUCUGACUAUUAUGAACCAGAAAAUGUGUAUUUUGCUUCUGGUUGCUGCAUGGAUAAUUGGCUUGCUCCAUUCUGUGAUUCAAUUGGUUUUUGUUAUAAAGUUGCCAUUUUGUGGUCCUAACUUGAUAGACAGCUUUUACUGUGACUUUCCUCAGGUCAUUAAACUUGCCUGCACGGAUACCUACAGACUAGAGUUCAUGGUCACAGCCAACAGUGGUUUUAUAUCUCUGGGAUCAUUCUUCAUACUGGUUGUCUCCUACAUUUUUAUCAUGAUCACUGUUCGGAAGCAUUCUGCUGGUGGCUUAUCCAAGGCCCUCUCCACUUUGUCAACUCAUGUCACGGUGGUGGUUUUGUUCUUUGGUCCUUGUAUCUUUGUGUAUACCUGGUCUCACCCCACAUCACACCUAGACAAAUUCCUGGGUAUCUUGAAUUUUUUGAUUACCUUCUUACUCCUUUUUUAA